CUAAAGACGGGGUAAAAACAGAAGAGGACCUUCAUUGUAACCGAGCCAUAGGACUAACCACUUUCAAAAUGCCCGGAAAGAAAGUCUGCAUCGUUGGAUCUGGAAACUGGGGCUCCUCCAUCGCCAAAAUCAUCGGGCGCAAUGUCAAAGCGUCCAACCGCUUCGACCCAAUGGUCAACAUGUGGGUGUAUGAAGAAAUGAUCGAUGGGAGGAAGCUCACGGAGAUCAUCAAUACGGAUCAUGAAAAUGUCAAAUAUCUACCAGGUCACAAGCUGCCCAGGAAUGUGAUCGCUGUCCCAGACAUCACAGAAGCCGUCAAAGGAGCAAAGAUCCUCGUGUUUGUGAUCCCGCACCAGUUCAUCGGCAAGCUCUGUGAUCAGAUGAAACCUCACAUCACAGAGGGAACCAUCGGGAUAUCGCUCAUCAAAGGUAUAGAUGAGGGACCAGAUGGAUUGAAGCUCAUCUCAGACAUCAUCCGAGAAAAACUGGAGAUUGAGGUCAGCGUCCUGAUGGGGGCCAACAUCGCCAGCGAGGUGGCAGAUGAGAAGUUCUGUGAAACCACCAUUGGGGCCAAAAAUGAGGGAAACGGCCAAAUCUUCAAAGAGCUGCUUCAGACUUCCAACUUUCGCAUCAACGUCGUACAUGAGAGUGACACAGUGGAGCUGUGCGGAGCCUUAAAGAAUAUUGUGGCGGUAGGUGCUGGAUUCUGCGACGGCCUUGGUUUCGGCGACAACACCAAAGCGGCGGUGAUCAGGCUGGGUCUGAUGGAAAUGGUCGCCUUCUCCAAACUGUUCUGCAAAAGCCAAGUGAGCUCCUCCACCUUCCUGGAAAGCUGCGGCGUGGCCGACCUCAUCACCACCUGCUACGGGGGACGGAACCGUAAAGUUGCCGAGGCCUUCGUCAAAACAGCCAAGUCAAUCGCUGAACUGGAGGCAGAAAUGCUCAACGGCCAGAAGCUUCAGGGUCCCCAGACUUCAGCUGAGGUCUACAAGAUCCUGCAAAAGAACGACAUAGUCAACCAGUUUCCCUUGUUUGCAGCCGUCUACCAGAUCUGCUUUGAGGGGAAAGAGGUGAAAGAGUUCAUCACCUGUCUGCAGAACCAUCCAGAACACAUGUAAUGUGACCAGUCUGCAGGCAGGUCCGCUGCUGCUCCUUCAGUAACAAUUUACCAUCACUAGAGGGUGAAAGAGGUUCAUAAGGCAGAGACGCACAAUACAACAAAGCAAACUCAACCACUUUUCACUUAAGAUCAUUUUUUAUCGGUGACAUUUCAUUAAAAAAAACAAACAAACUAUAUUUGUUCUUAGCUUCGAAAGCAAUUUAUUUAAUUGACUUUGCUCUUAUUUUGCGAAAGGUUCUUUAAUAUUUUUUGGGCUUUUGUUCAGUGAAGUAAAAAUAUCAAUUAAAUGAUACAAAGCUGUAUUUUUUAACUGUGGUUGGUAUAAAACUCUCUCUAAGGCAGACCACUCCACUUGUAUUCUUACUGUAAGAGCUGUAAAAAGUAAUUUUGUAUUGUGUCACAUAAAUGCAACAAUGUCCGUCUUGAUUUCACUACAUGCAAGUGUGUUUACAAUCUCAAAAUUAUUAUUUUUUUUAAUCUGUAUGUGGAGUUGUUUUCUCAAUUAAAUCAAUUCAUAUGAA